GUUAAAUCGAUUUGAAUAAUAUUUGUUGUUAAUUCCUUAAUUCGAACCUUCAUUGUGUGUAACAGGAAAAUGGUGGUGAGAGAUCUGUUGAAUGUGGAAACCACAUACCUUUACGUGAAGGAAAAUGCAAGCCUCCACAAAACCGAUAUGUUCGAUUUGGUGAAUGAUCCUGAAGAUCCAACUCCCAUAUUUCGAAGGGGUAUGAAGUUCACCCUGGCCAUCAGGUUCACUAAUGGAGGAUUUCAAGAGGGAUACGAUAGGAUUCGCCUCCUUUUCAACUUUGGUCCAAAUCCGAAUCCACUGAAAUCGACGCGUGGUAUUGUUGCUAUUACAUCUUCCAAAGUGGAAGAUCAAGAUGAGAAAAUGUGGUAUGGUAAUCUACUCGCGAAAGGCGAAGAUACUGUUACGCUGGAAAUUUCCAUACCACCUAGCGUCCCAGUUGGAAUAUGGAGAUUACAAAUCGAAACUAGCAAAGUUGAGUCACCAGAAACGAGCAAAACUUAUAAUUACGAAAAUGACCUCUACAUACUCUUCAACCCGUGGGUCUGCAAGGAUCUGGUGUAUAUGCCGGACAAGAGAUUUUUGGACGAAUACGUUCUUCAAGAAGUUGGUAAGAUCUGGGUCGGAGCUUACGGAAGUGCCAAAGGAAGGGAAUGGGUGUUUGGUCAAUUCAACGCAUGUGUUCUACCAGCCAUUAUGCUGAUGAUAGACAGGAGCAAUUUGCCACAUUCGAGUCGCGGAGAUCCUGUAAAAAUAUCACGAAUGAUCUCCAAAAUGGUCAAUAGUAACGACGAAGAUGGAGGAAUUCUUAUCGGGGAUUGGAGUGGUGAUUAUUCAGAUGGUACAGCCCCAUCAGCUUGGACAGGAUCAGUUGCUAUCUUGCAAGAAUAUUUGGACACCCAAGAACCAGUUCCGUACGGACAAUGCUGGGUGUUUGCCGGUGUUGUCACUACAGUUUGCCGAGCUCUUGGUAUACCAUCAAGAGUAGUCUCCAACCUGGUGUCAGCUCACGAUGCGAAUUCCAGUUUAACAAUCGACAAGUAUUAUAACAAGGAAGACGAACCGAUCGAAGGAGAUCCAAACAAUCCAAAUGGCGAAGACUCCAUCUGGAAUUAUCAUGUUUGGAAUGACGUUUGGAUGGCAAGGCCAGACCUACCUUCUGGUUAUGGAGGAUGGCAAGCCAUCGAUGCCACUCCUCAAGAACCAUCAGCAAAUUUCUACCAAUGUGGUCCAGCUUCGUUGGAGGCUGUCAAACAAGGAGCUGUUUGCUACAACUACGACGUUGAGUUCAUGGUAUCUUCCGUCAACGCAGAUGUCUUAAGGUGGAAGGAAGACCCCCAUCAUGUAUUGGGAUACACUAAAAUCUACUGCAAUAAGUACCACAUCGGCAGAAUAAUCCUUACCAAGAAACCAUUCGUCUACGAUCCAAAUGGAGACAGGGAUAGGGAAGAUAUCACUUCUUCCUACAAACAGAAAGAGGGUACAGAAGCGGAAAGGCUAUCUUUGUAUAACGCUGUUCGAGGAUCAGAAAUGGCCAAAAAAUUCUUCGCAAUGCCAGAUCGCGAAAUGGAAGACAUGGAAUUCGAAUUGAAAGACAUAGACAAAGUGAUGAUUGGAGAAACAUUCCAAGCAACAGUCACCAUCAAAAACAAGAGUAAAGAAGUUAGGCACAUAGGAGCAGCCAUCACAGCUUAUAGUGUAUACUACACUGGAGUCAAAGCUCAACUCAUAGAGAAAGCUAAAGGAGAUUUUUCCAUGCCACCUGGAGCAGUUGAAACUAUGAAAAUGACUAUCGCUCCAGUAAAAUAUUUGGACAAGCUAGUGGAGUAUGGCAUGGUAAAACUUUAUGCAACGGUUACCGUCAAAGAAACCAGGCAAACUUGGGCAGAUGAAGACGACUUUCAAGUCAUAAAGCCGCCAAUAAGGAUACAAAUUCCGGCAGAGAUUCCGCUACAGAAGAACACCACUAUCAGUUUAGGAUUCAAGAAUCCACUUAACAUGGUGCUAACAAAAUGUAAAUUCUACAUCCACGGACCGGCCCUUCUCAAGAAUUACAUUUUAGCAUGUCCUGACGUUCAACCCCAGCAAGAUAUCUCAAUUGCUGCAGGUAUCAACCCGAGGAGUUUGGGAGAACAAGUUUUGGUUGCAACCUUCCAUUCAGCUGAACUUCAUGAUGUUACUGGUUCUGUUAAAAUCCAUGUGUACUAGAUGACUUCAGAUAUUUGCGAUUUAAAAUUGAGCUUAUUAUAUUUUCAUCAGUGUUCAAUAAAAAAAAAUUUGACAUUCUCGUUAAGUGAAACAGAAACUAUUGUAAUGGAUGAUUAUUAGACUAAAAUAAAACCUCAAGUUUU